CCGAGGGAAGCGAUGCGGGGGAGGGACCCCGCGGCGGCGGCAGGAGAACAUCCGCCGCCUGCCUCUCCGCCCCGGCGGGGGCCAGAGCCUGGGAAAGGGACGGCCCCGGUGGGCGGGCUGCGGAGCGGGCUGUGCUGGGACCCUCCUUUUGUCUGUGCCGAAAGCACCCGCGCUUAAUGACCAGUGGUUUAAAUAGUGCUGCGCCUCCUUGAGUACUUUCCAGAUGUCCGUCCUUUCCUGGAUGUGAGAAACAGCUCUGUCCCCAUGAGGAGGCUGAGCAGUGGAGCAGGACUGACUUCCAUGAUGCUGAGAGGAGUUGCUCACGGUGCAAAAGACACAUUCACUCUUCUGUUGACAAGAUCUCCGAGCUGUAACCCAGGCCUGAAGUUUUCAUCAGCGUGGCCUGAUGUAGCAAACAGAGGCUUCCUGAUACAUUCCAGUUACACAACUGAUACCAAGUCAGGAGGGGAAAAUAAAAAAACCCUCGAGAAUCUCUACAGUUUGUCAGUUGACAUCACGAAGAUACGCAGACUGAAGGAAUGGGUCCUUCUCCAGGACGUGGCCUAUGUUAAAGAAAUCGCUGGUAUUUUACAGGAGAUGGGAGCAGAUGAGACCACUGUAGCCAGCAUUAUAGAACGCUGCCCCGAGGCAGUUCUCCACACCCCAGCAGAGAUAAAUUCUCAAAGAGCUUUAUGGCAAUUAGUGUGCCAGAAUGAAAAACAGCUGAUUAAAUUAAUAGAGCAAUUUCCAGAGUCUUUUUUUACUACUGAGUAUCAGCAGAACCAGAAGGCAAACAUACUGUUUUUUCAAGAGCUGGGACUUAAGAAUAAUAUAAUCACCAGGUUCUUGACGAGUGCACCCAAUAUUUUCUAUAGUCCUGUUGAGAAAAACAAAAAUGUGAUAGAGACAUUACAAAGAAAUUAUUUAAAUUUGGGGGGUUCUGAAGCAAAUAUGAAGAUCUGGAUACUGAAGCUAUUGAGCCAAAAUCCAUUUAUUUUAUUAAAUACUUCCACUGCAAUCCAGGAGAACUUGGACUUUCUCCAAAAGAAUGAUUUCACUGACCAGGAAGUUCUACAGCUGCUGUCCAAACUUAAAGGCUUCAUUUUUCAACUUAAUUCUACCACUAUGCAGAAGAGUAUGCUUUUCUCCAAAAACAUCUUCAAGUGCAGUGAUCAAGAACUAAAACAACUAGUGCUGAAAUGCCCGGCCCUUCUCUACUAUUCUGUUCCAGUUCUGGAAGAAAGACUUGAAGGACUGCUGAAGGAAGGAAUUUCUAUAGCACAGAUAAGAGAGACACCAAUGGUGCUGGAACUGACAACACAAAUCGUUCAGUACCGAAUUAAAAAGCUCUCUGCCUUGGGGUAUGAUAUAAAGAGUGGAAAUCUAGAAAGUUUGAAUGGUACUAAAAAAGACUUUGAAGUCACUUAUGGUAAGAUACAAUCAAAGAAGGAGAGACCAAUUUUUAAUCCUGUUGCUCCUCUACACAUUGAAGAUUAAUUUGAACGCUGUACUUCAAGUUAUGCAACAGCAAAUUAAAAGGGAAAUUAAUUCUUUGAAGAGAGGGAGCAAAAGCAGUCUUAAAACUGUAGUCUUACACUGUACUUUGUUCAGGAGGGGGGUCUGAGGUACAACUUCAUUAUACAAUCAUGGUAUUGUAAUACUUUAAAAUAUCAUCAUAGAAGUUACAGUUAGGAUAAAGGUUGCCUUUUUCUAAGAGUACCUCAGAUGUGACAUUUUCUUACCUGACAGGGCAUUAACUGCCUUAGAUUUUCAGCUCUGCCACUGCACAGUCCAGCCUGUGGUAGUGAUUAGCACAGUUUUUAUCUGAGGAAGACAAAAGGAGGAUUAUUUUUCCAGCACUGUUCAUCAGUCGGCUGGUUCGCUGUCUUCAGGAAACACCCUUGGAGUUCUUUUCCUUAUUGCUGAAGUAGCUCUAGCUCCUGGAUCCUGACCUGCAACAAACUCGAUUUCUUGGACAGCAAAGCCCUGUCCUAACAGGGGCUGGACAUAAUAUUAUUUUAUUCAUUGAAACCCUAGUAUCUUUGUGUACAAACCAUAAUGCAAAGAAACUACAAGAUGAUAACCUUUAUAUUUCCGAGACUUCAAAAUUUACUUAUUUUUUCAAAUUGUUUGUGAGAGGAAGAAAUACAUUUAUUGCUAUUGCAUAGUUCUUAAUCUCUUCUAGCAAGGUUUGGCAACAAGGAAGAUUAGGGAGAGACUCAAGUCUCAAAUGAUGGUAGGAGAAAAGUCAUGCUUUUCUACUAGGUGCAACAAAACUCUAGUCUGUAAACUACUGGUGGUUGAACAUGACUACCAGAUUUGCAAACAGCUGCAACAGUUUCUAAAUAUAUGGGUGACACUGCUUCUAAGAUAACACCAUAUGACAAUUGGUAACAAGUGCUGGCUUUCAAAAUAGCAACUAUCAGACAGCGUUUAAUUCUCAGGGGAUUUGAUUUCUUCUCAUUUAUGGGCUGUGAAUGAUAAUAUAAAACAGUAGCAUCACUGACAAUCAUCUCAAUAGGAUUAGGAUCAGUGAUUUUGUUUCGCAGACUUUCCUAAGCAGCUAUUCCACACACAUUCCCUCUUGACAGCCAGCUACACACCACCCUCCCUCCAGGCAUUCUUCAAGGUCAUUUUUAUCAGACAUUUUGGCAGCAAGUCCGGGCCUCCAUUUCUUAAAAUGCGGUUUGUAAUUGCUGAAGGAAGCUGGUAUUGAAUUACUGGUCCGGAGGGUGGGCUGCAAGAUGAUGCUUUUUUAUAGUCUGCCACGUUGUCUGCUGUGCACUGGGGAGGGGCUGGGAACACCUGGUAGGAGCAGUGCAAAGAUGCCAACAGCUGAAGGUCUGACACCGAGCUCUCUGCAGGCGUUUCUGGGGGGAAAUGCCGCUCCUGCAGAGCGCGUGCGACACUGGCAGCAGCUCAAGAACGGGACACAUCACAGCAUGAAGAAAGUCAGGCUGUGGUGCCAGGCUCUGUCUAUGCUGACUCUUUCAAAAUUCGUUGUUUUUUAAGAGGAAACUAGGAAGAUAGCUGUAUUAAAAAUUCACAGAACUUGCCUUUGUCGCUUUCUGACUGUCUUUCUCUGCUCAGCCAUUAAGCAGACCAGAAUUUUAUCUAAAUUUAAAAGCCUCCUUCCCUUCAGACACAAAGGGGCAUUUCAGCACUCCAAAGCCCUUCUAACACAACCUGUAACUGAGCCAGAGACCUGAUUGGUAGCUUAGGAGGAAAUGGAAACCAAGACAUGCAACAGUGUUUUCCCUUAAUAUUUAGUUUUAGCAUUUCUACAGGUACCUGUUUUUACAAAGUUCUUGAAACAACUUAUUCCCAUCACUUAAAUUAUUUCCCGUGGCAACAGAACAGGAAAAGGAUGUAUUUCCUUAAUUAAGUCACAGCCUGAGUUACCACAAACUCAUUUUGCAUUCUGAAUGUUUCAAUUUCUUUUCCCCUUUCAAAAUAAAAGCAUUUGCCAGAAUGCUCUUCUUCUCUACUACCAGAUGAAAAUUCAGUCAAUCCUUCAUUCCUAACUCUGUCCUGGGACCUGUUUCUCUAUUCUUCACAGGAUUCAUUUACAAUAAAACCUCAGGAAAUUCCCAGUCACCAAAACACUGUAUUGCUGAAAUCCUUGUCCUGUUACUCAGAGUGACUGUGGACCAGCCUGUGAGUAAGCCUUUCACUACCUAGAGAGCAGUCAGGCAUACAGGCUGCCUUCAAAAACAUUUCCCCUUUUGGAACAGGGACUGGGAAAAGCAAAGUGAAAUAAAGCUACCACAAAAACAAUCCCAAGACAAAAGAACAACCUCACUCCCCCAGACGUCAGUUCCAUAUUCCAUUCAACUCACUAUGAUCUUAAAACUGGACAUUCCCAAGCAUCCUUGAUCAGGGGGAAAGAAAAUUAGUGCAAAGGAUUUUGUGCUGUGUCUGUGCAUAGCUUACACACUGAAGUUACAGCUUUUGUUAAGAGCUGGUUGGUGCUAAGUAUAGAGACAAACAGAAGACACUCUGGAUCAUGGUACUGUGGGAAGAUUUAUACCUAAGUAUGCCUUUCUCCACAAAACUAAGGAAGCUUUCAAAUGUCUGAAACAGCAACAAUUUAAUGUUUCACAGGUGCCAGGACAGAAUUGGAACAAGUUUUUAAGAUGAAGCAAGUUUCAUAAGUGAAUAGAAAACACACAGGAUACAGGACAAAGCUCUUUGAAAACUAAAUCCAUAUGCCAUGUAAAAGUUUCAGUUUACAAGACUCAAAAUAAUAGCUACAGGAUAUGUUAAGAACAAAACAUAAUGGAGUGUUGGCAACUCCUUACAUACCUAACAAUUGCUUAUCUCAGACCACACUUAUUUUGCUGCAAGUUUCAUA